AGAGCUGGUUUUGGUGUUGGGGAGGAUCUCGGGGGAGGGUUUAGCUCCUGGGGGCUGGGAGUGGCUGUGCUUUAUAAAAACUGCCUGUUCUUCCUGCUCCUCUCACUUGUGCCACAUUCUGCUUCUGCUCUGAGACUCACCUGGUCAGGAUGUCGUGGGAAGCAUACAUAAAGUCUCUGGAGGGAAGUGGAAACAUUCAAAAGGCGGCCAUCGGGAACAGCACGUCUGUGUGGGCCAACAGCGACGGGUUCAACAUCACGGCUAAUGAGAUGAAGGGGCUGGAGGCGUCCUGUGACGCCAUGUACCAGAACGGUGUGAUGCUGGGGGGACAGAAGUUCCGCAUUCUCCGCCACAAUUUCAACGACAGCGAAGACCCUCACCUACAGCUGAAGAGCGCCAAGGACAGCGAAGGCAAAACCUUCCCCGCCACGGUCUACAAGACCAACACAGGGUACGUGAUCGGCGUGGGCGGGCCGGAUGCUCAGCCUGGAAAGGUGACCAUAGAUGUGUUCAACACGGGCUCCUACCUCAAGAAGUCAGGCCUUUGACCACAGAACCCACAUCUGCCCCAACACAUCUGCCCCAACACAUCUGCCCCAACACACCUGCCCCAACACACCUGCCCCAACACACCUGCCCCAACACACCUGCCCCAACACAUCUGCCCCAACACAUCUGCCCCAACACACCUGCCCCAACACACCUGCCCCAACACACCUGCCCCAACACAUCUGCCCCUCAAGAUCUGCCCCAACACACUUGCCCCAACACACCUGCCCCACACCACACGGCGGGGGCGGGUGGGGGCAGGCGGCGGGCGGUGUGGCGUCUUGUUGAUAAUAUUGUUGGGACGUGCUCGUGUCGCUCCGGUAAACGGCGGGAGCGGCGCAGCUCUGAAACGUCCAUUAGCAGAAUCGGAGUGAUGUCAUCGCUGAUGUCAUCAAACGUCGCUCUGACAUCACGGCGUUUCCAGUUCAUAUUUAUAGUUUCGGGUUUGUGGGUGCCGGCUCUGUCACAUUGAGGCGUCCUUGCGUCAUCUAACGGUUCUGUGCGGUACUUUACUCUGACUCGUGUGCCAAAGUCUUCUCAGGUGUCCCAUGAGCGCCCCCUUUGUCCGGAGCCAGUGUUACAUUUUCAGAGAUUUUAAAUAAAGAUUUAUUAAACCAUUAAA